CUUCCCCACCCGAAAAUCCCUGGACCCCACAGCGAACUCCCCAGCGACGGACAGCGCGCGCGAACGCGCGCGCCCAUGUUGGCCUGGCCGAGCGCGUCGGAGCUCCGGAGCGAGCUCCAAAGCGCGGUGCAGGCCCUCAGCUUCUCUGAGCUUCAGAGCAGUGCCCAGUGGGCUGCGGAGCUUCUGGCGGCGUUGCCAGGUGGCGAAGAUGCAUCGGCUCCAAAUCCCCUGGCGUUGCCCGAAAAUGGGAAAGCUUGGAGCGCUGUGAUGCUGGCAAAGGCCCAUCUGCAAAUGCGCGAGUAUAGCCGGGCUGCUGCGGUGCUUCUCCCCGAGGGCGUCCGCAUGCGCUCCAGCUGCGCCAUCUUCUUCCGGUCGUAUGCCUUGUACAUGGCCGGAGAAAAGCGAAAGGAGGAGGAGAUUGCAGAAGUGCCCGAUCCGGUGGAGAAGGGUCAGGUGAAAAAUCCUGAACUGAAGGACCUGGAGGAGGAGCUGGCGAUGCUCUACCAGCAUGAGAAGCUGGACGGUUUGGGCCUCUAUUUGUACGGCAUCACGUUGAAGGGCUUGGAGCGGAAAGAGGAAGCGCGAAGGAUCUUGCUGGAAUCGGUCAGUGCCUUCCCUUGCAACUGGUCUGCCUGGCUGGACAUCAUCAGCAUCUCCUCGGACCUCAACGACGUCGACGAGUGCCGCAAGGACCUGAAUUUGCCCAAUCACUGGAUGAGCCAAUUCUUCGAGGCCGCUUUUGAACUAGAGCUGCAGCGAAAUGAGAGCGCAAAGAACCUCUACUUGCAGCUCCGCGCGACGUUCCCAGACUCGUCGUACCUCACAUCACAGCUGGCGACCUGCUUCUACAACAUGAGGAGCUUCGACGCCUCUCAAGCAGCCUUUGAAGAGAUGCGGAAGAGAGAUCCUUAUCGACUCACCUCCUUGGACACCUAUUCCAACAUCCUCUUCGUGAAGGAACGCUCUGCGGCUUUGAGCCACCUCGCACGCCACGUGGUCAAGAUUGACAAGUACACACCGGAAGCCUGUAGCAUCAUUGGAAACUACUACAGCCUGAAGGGGGAGCACGAGAAAGCGGUGAUUUACUUCCAGAGAGCCUUGAGCCUCAACCGGCACUUCACUCCAGCGUGGAUUCUGAUGGGUCACGAGUUCAUGGAGAUGAAGAAUACGCCGGCUGCCAUCGACGCCUACCGGACAGCCGUGACGCUCAAUCAGAGGGACUAUCGGGCGUGGUAUGGCUUGGGGCAAACCUAUGAGUUGCUCAGCCUUCACUACUACGCCCUCUUCUACUACCGCCGUGCGAUGAUGCUCCGCCCAGACGAUGCACGCAUGUGGUGCGCCAUGGCGCAGUGCUAUGAUCUCAUGGGUCGCAAGGUGGAGGCGCUGCGCUGUUACGAGAAGGCGCACCGCUGUGGGGACCAGGAGCGGAUGGCGCUGCCACGGCUCGCGCGGCUCCACAGGGACUUGGGGCAGCGGAGGCAAGCUGCUGCCUACUACACGCAGAUGCUCGAGCAGAAUGGCUUGGGCGAUGUAGGUGCCGGUCCGCUCCAACCGGUGGGUCUCUCCACGGAGGUGGUGGAAGCGUUACGCUUUCUGAUGGCCUACACGACAGAGGAGGGCUGCUGGGAGGACGCCGAAGCCUACGCCAUGCGGCUCUUGGAUACUUCUGGGCCUGAGAAGGACGAGGCCAAAGCGAUGCUUCGGAAACUGCGGCAGCGCGCCGCCAGCUAACGCCAAUGCCAA